AUGGGGAAGGACGCAGGGGGCCAGCGCCAGCGCCCGCCCGACGGCUCCGGGGAAGGUGGCCCCGGCGGCGAAGGUAGCGGGCGAUGCGGCUGUGGCGGCGCCGUGCGGCUGCAAUGCGUGGCGGCGCUCGUGCUCGGCGCGGCCGUGCUGCUCUCCGCGCUCUUCUGGCUGCCGCCCUUCGCGGGCCAAGGGAGGGGGGCCGGCGACGAGGACGCGCCGGAUCCGGGCCUCGUGUUCCAAGAUGAUAUAGUGGCAAGUUUUAGGCUGCAGAAGACGGUCCCCGAGCUCCUUGGAAAUAAAUCUAAGCUCGAACUGGACAUCUAUGCGGAAAUUGGCAUUCCCAACUCAAUUGUGGUUGUAAAUUUACUGCAUCCGCUAGCUGGAUCGAACUGGACAAAUGUCGUCUUCAGCAUCGUGCCUUAUCCGAAGAACUUGACUAUAUCAUCGACAUAUUUGAGCAUUCUUAGGUCCUCCUUCAUGUCCUUGGUUGUGCGGCAGUCUACGCUCCACUUGACCGAGUCCCUCUUUGGCAAUUCAUCGUCCUUUGAAGUGCUUAAAUUCCCUGGAGGAAUAACAGUAAUUCCUGCGCAAAAUGUUUUUCUUCCUCAAGCUCACCGUGCAAGCUUUAAUUUCACUCUGAAUUUCCCAAUCUACAAAGUGCAAGACAGAACUGAUGAGUUAAAGGAUCAGAUGAAGACAGGACUGCUGCUCGAUGCUAACGAGAAUCUGUUCAUCAAAUUGGGAAAUUUGCAAGGUUCAACAAUUCUUCCUCCAACUAUUGUUGAGACCUACAUUGUUCGUAUUGUUGGGAAUCAACAGCCAUCUGUACCAAGGAUGAAGCAGUUGGCACAAAAAAUUACCAACUCAUCUUCAGGGAACCUUGGUCUGAACCAUACCGUAUUUGGCAAAGUAAAGCAGAUAAGACUUUCCUCCUAUCUUAGACAUUCUUUACAUAGCAGGGGCAGUUCUGAUGCACCUAGUCCAUCGCCCAUGCAACAUCAUGGUCAUCACGGCCAUCAUCACCAUCACCAUGGUCAUGAAGACAACAGGCAUUUGGCUCCUGCUGCUCCCCCGAUUAAUCGCCCUGUACAUACACCCAGACAUGUUGCUCCACCACCAUCUGGGUGUCCAUAUGGCAAAAAGGCCAAGAAUAAGGUUCCUGUAACACCAGCUGCUGAGCCUGUGGCCAAUGGUCACCGAUCUACUUAUCCUGCUGCUUUGCCGCCUUCUGUUCGUCAUCCUCCACAUGAUCCCAGCAUGCACACUAGAUCACCUGUUCUGUCCCCUCCAGCUCUUCCGGAGCCACCUUUGCCCGCUGUUUCUUUUGGUGAUGCACAUCCUCCGAGUGAGCGUGCAACAACAGGUCCUUCUGCUGGAAUGUCGAAUGUGGCCCCUGCACCGCAAACAUCUAAUUCCAGCCGGAGGCGCUCCUGUCACUGGGUCCUGGUAGCCCUUAUAUCUUGUACUCUGCUGAGGAGCCUACUGUGACAGAAGAUGAAAAUGUGCGGCUAAUUAACCAGAUGGUUCAAAUUAGAGAUUUUCCAAAUAGAGGCUAAGCCUCAGCGGUUUUUUCUUCUCUGGUUAACAGAUGUCCGGGCGGGUGGUGAAGCACAACUCCGCGUCCCCCUGUCUCAGGCGCGCUGUUAGCCUGUUAUACUUGUUAGUUGAUGUAAAUACGGAUGGGUAUAAGUCAGGCGUCAGGCCAAGUAAGGCAACAAUGGGCAAGCUAUGCUAGCCGUGCUCGUAGUGGUGGUCAAAGCCACAGCGGUGGCAGGCCCCUUCUCUAGCGCACGCAUGCUUGGCUGGGUUUGCCGCUGUGUACUGCUGCCGCUGUUCAGAAGAGGAUCUUCGAGUGUAAACACUUUUUACAUGAGAAGACAUAGCAUUUUC